AUGGCUUCUUCACCAGCUAGAGCUACAAGAACUUCUCCUCGCAAAAAAGCUUGGGCUUCUCCGGUCAAAGCAGCUACUACUCUUGUCAGUUCAUUAUUUAAGGAAGAGGACUUACCACCUCUAGACAAAUCAUGGGCUGAAAUAACUGCCGAAGAUAACCAGUUGACACAAUCAAUCCUUGAUAACAUUAGUAAAUCUGAAAGUCGUCGAAAAACUGCUGUCCCUAAGAAGUCAACUACUAAAGCCAAAUUCAGUCGUCGAUUGGAGUCUGAGGAUGUUGUAGGAUUUAAACUUGACAGACGCUCAGAAAGAAUAAGAGGUCGUGAGGAAAAUAACAAAGAAUCUUCCAAAUACAAUACUAAUGCAUCUCGCAAACGUCAGCUGUCUACCAGUUCGCAACUAACCCAAGACGGAGAAAACUGCUCUCCUGCCAAGCGUACCCCAUUAAAAAAUGCCAGUUCAUCCUGUGAUAGACCAGCUCGUAAGAAUAUGAGAAGUGACCUCAACGAGCGUAAAUCUGCUGCAGUCAGGUUGUUUGAUAAGUCCGGUGCUAGCCCAUCUACUAACAGCGAGGGAUCUAUUAAAGAUGGUUGGGAGGAUCCCACAUUGGGAUGGUGUACCGACCUUAUAGUAUUGGAGCGUCGAACAAAGGAAAUCGAUAGAGCCAAAGAGAAACCUGUGUAUAACCGUUAUUUGAACGAAGUUCCCAAAUCUAAGCGUGUUAAAGGAGUUCACCCUAAGACACCGAACAAGCAAAUCAAUUUCUCUCGUCGAUCGUGGGAUGCUCAAAUAAGAAUGUGGAAGAAAAGUUUAUACACUUGGGCUGGUGAAGAGCCUUCCGAUUCUGUUAACACUUCCUUCUGUAGUUAUAGUUCGGAUGAAAUCGAACGGGCUGUUGAUGAGAAUUUGGAAAACGAACCUGUGUUGAGUGCAAUAGAAUCUAUUCUAGUCAAGCCGGAAACUGACGCGAUGGCUUCUCUAUUAGGAAAGUUUGAUAUGGAUACCCGCAAGGGAGAUGAAAGCACCUUGAAGGCUCCAACCACAGGAUCUGGUCCUGUUGGUCCUGUCGAUUUUUCCGCUUUACAAUCGUAA